AUGACAAAAUUAGCACAUCAAGUAGUAAGCAAGUGUAAAGGCAUACCUCUUGCCAUUGUCUCUAUUGGUAGGCUCCUCUUCAGGCGUGACAAGACCAAAGAGGAAUUGAACAAACUAAGGCAACCAAACUGGGAGCUAUUUAAUAAUCCAAGCUUGGAACAUGUCAGGAAUAUCCUUUAUUUGAGCUACAUUUACCUUCCGACACACUUGAAAAGUUGUUUCCUAUACUGCAGCUUGUUUCCAGAGGACUAUCUCAUGAGAAGAAAAAGACUUAUAAGGUUGUGGGUAGCAGAGGGGUUCAUCGAGAGAAGGGGUGAAAGCACAAUGGAGGAAGUGGCAGAAGGUUAUCUAAAGGAGUUGGUUCAAAGAAAUAUGCUACAACUUGUUCAAAAGAACUCAUUUGGUAGGAUGAAAUCAUUCCGGAUCCAUGAUAUCAUGCGCGAGUUGGCAGUAGAUUUAUGUCAGAGAGAGUGCUUUGGUGUUGCAUACGAGGAGGAUAAGCAUACAGAAUAUAUUGAGGAGAAGGAUGGACGUCGACUGGUAAUACACAAACUGAAGAAGGGAAUAUACCAAUCACCCUCAAACUUACACCGCCUUCGAUCUCUCAUUGCAUUGGACAUUGGUACUCCAUCAUCCAGUCUACUGCCUCUAAUAGUGGGGAUGUCAAGAUAUAUGUCGGUACUGGAGCUAAGUGGCCUACCCAUUGAGAAUGUUCCAGAUGCUAUUGGAGAUCUUUUCAAUCUCCGCCAUUUAGGUCUGCGUGGUUCAAAGGUGAAGGUCCUCCCUAAGUCUGUUGAGAAACUUACAAAUUUAUUGACACUGGACCUUUUUGGAUCUGAUAUACAAGAGCUUCCUAGAGGGAUUGUCAAACUGAAGAAUCUUAGACAUUUGCUUGCCGAGAGAGUGUAUGAUGCAACUUGGGCAGAAUUUAGGUCUGCUAGUGGUGUACGUAUCCCCAGAAAUCUUGGGAACCUGACAAAUCUACAGACAUUGAAUGCGUUAGAUGCACAGGAUGAGUCUCUAGGUUGUUUGGGGGAGCUUAGGCAACUAAGAAGCUUCAGGAUAUGGAAUGUGAAGGGAAUCUACUGUGGACGCCUGUGUGAAUCCCUUGUUCAGAUGCAAUUUUUGUCUGUGCUAAGUGUGAAUGCAAGUGAUAAGAAUGAGGUUCUCCAGUUGAAUGCUCUCCCACCAAAUCUGAAGAAGCUACGUCUGACUGGAAGAUUAGCGGAAGGGACAUUGUGCGAGUCUCUCUUCCAAGCCGUGGGUCAGAACUUGUAUUCGUUGCAUCUAUAUUGGUCCGAGUUGAAAGAAAACCCCCUGCCAUCACUUUCUCAGAUGUCAAAUAUGACAGACCUAGAUUUGACAAGUGCAUAUACUGGAGAGGAGCUGAUAUUUCUCACUGGCUGGUUUCCUAAUCUAAAGACCCUCUUUCUUAGAGACCUUCCUAAUCUGAAGCUGCUAGAGUUUAAAAAAAAUGCCGUGGCGAGCCUGGAAAGAUUGAUACUGAUCAACCUAAAUAGCAUGACGGAGGUCCCACCUGGCAUUGAGUUCCUUGGGCACCUUAAAAAGCUAAGCUUUGCCGGAAUCACCCCCGACUUCCUGAUGUUACUGCGCCAAUGUUCUAAAAUUGGCAGGGUGCGAUGGCAGCAUUCUCUACGCCAUUGA